AACAUCUUAUUUUUCUUUCUCCAUCCCCAGAAUUCCCAGCCACCAAAUAAGAAAUACCAAAAAUGACCAUCGCAGCUGCCGCCUCGAUUUUACUGGUACCAGCAAUAAGAACAUCACCGGCCACCAUCAUAAACUUCACCCGCCGCCGUGGCCUAAAUCUUUCCACUACAUCCUGUAGCUACACAUCAUCAUCAAGAAAGCAACAGCUGAUACUAUACUCAAAACCAGGGUGCUGUUUAUGUGAUGGACUUAAAGAAAAGCUUCAUUCUGCUUUCUCCCUUUCUUCUUCUGAUUCAUACCCUCUUCAGAAUGUUCAGUUACAGAUAAGGGAUAUAACUAGUAAUCCUGAUUGGGAGAAAGCAUAUCAGUUUGAGAUUCCUGUCUUGGCUAGACUUCGUUCCGAUGGCACCGAGGAAGUGAUUCCAAGAUUCUCUCCUCGUGCUGGAGUCGACCACAUCCAUGCUAAGUUAGCAGCUGUUUUGAGUCAAGACAAUUAGAAUCAGUCAAUCAGCUAAGCUUUCAUUUCAUUUCAUAAUACCGAGUUACUGAUUGUUAAUGAAAAUGUCAAAAUCGUUGAUUACUAGGCUGUACAUUACAGAUCAUUGUCUUCUUCUCAAGUUCUUGAUCGAUAUCAUAUGAUCAGUCUAGAACGUUGUAAACUUUUCUUGUUUCUUCUCAUUUUUUAACCAUAAUCAAAUUGUUUUUUUCCUUUCUAUCUA